AUGAUCAGCCAAGAGGUCAUGCGCUUGACUGGCCGCCUGGUGGAGACACAGGGCGUCAACGCUGGGUACGCGCAGGCGGUGCGGGAGCUGGAGGUCGAGACGGGCAGCCUGCUGGACCAGGUGUCCUCCAUGCAGGCCAGGAGGGCCGACCUGCUCGGCAGGGUAGCGGCCUACCGCGCGGAAAGUGGCAAGCUGACCAAGACUGUCAUCCAGAUCAGGAGCGCCAGGAGCUGUCUGGCCGGGCGGCGUCCGCGGCAAGCGCGAGGGCCAGGCUCGAGGAGAGCAGCUGCGGGUGACGGUCUCGAGAGAGAAGGACUCGAGUUGCGUGAGAAACUCGCCACGCACGAGGGCAUGCUGCGGGAGGAGAACGCGAGCUGGCGCAGAACGCCGCGGCCGCCGAGGCGGCGACCGCGCGCCAGGCGCAGCUGGAGGAGCUGGGCCUGGCGGCAG